AAGCUUUAUAAACAAUUACUACAGUAUUCAAAAUCUCUAACGUUUACUGACGUUAAAUAUUACAAAAGGAGAAUAACAAAAGAGUUUAAAGAUAACAAAUCAUUGACAGAAGCUGAGGAUAUCUCUUACGCUUAUAAGAAAGGACAAGCACUGCUACAAAAGAGUUCUAUAGUAUGAUUAGCCAAUUAAGAAUAUUGCAGAGGCAACUGUUGCCGCAGCUAAAUUUUCACUGUUUGAAACAUACUAUUGACUAUUCAAAGGUACCAAAAAUUAAUGAAUGUGACUUAACAGAGCAGUUUAUUCGGGGUAGCGGCCCGGGAGGUUCCGCAGUGAAUAAAAAUUCUAAUUGUGUGGUAUUAACGCAUAUACCUACAGGUACAGUGAUCAAAUGCCACACAAGUAGAUGCCAGGAUGACAAUAGAAAAAUUGCAAGAGAAAUGCUAAUACAAAAACUAGAUGAAAUGUUAAAUGGAGAAAAUAGUGUUACGGCACAGAAGAAAAGAGCAGUGAAUACAAAAUACAAGAAGGCAGAAUACAAGAAGAAGAAAAUGGCUAAAAUUAAAGAGGAAUGGAAAAAGCGUGAAGGCAUUGAUUAAUAUUAAUUAAGUACAUAAUGUUGUUAG